UGACCGGGAUUUGGUGCCGUAUACACGCCUUUCCCUCUUUAUUCCAAUCAUGAACAAAGCCAUGAUUUCAUUCCCAUGCAUUCUCAAAUCAAACCGUUGCCAAACUUACGAGACGAGCGAACCUUAUAAAUACCGACUCCUUCACUGCCGACUUCACACCCACCGUAAUCACCUCUCGUUCACACCUCUUCACUGCCUUCUUCUUCUUUCGCCGGAAUUAUCAAAGCUCGUCGGGGAAGACGAACCCGCCGCCGGAACCUCACACCUUACACCUUCUUCUGUUUCGAUAAACAACCCACCGUCUCUACUCGCCGGAACCGCUCUUGUCAUCCUCGCCGGAGAAGGAGACCGGAGAACUCCGGAGUCGCCGGUGACAAGCCACCGUCGGAGCCCUUGGAACUCGCCGGAGAAGACGACUCGUCCGGGUAAUUCUCUUGUGCACACUCUUGGAACAAUCCUCAUAUUCUCUUUCCAAGAAAUACGCAACGCACUCCAAGGUUGAAAGUACAAGAUUCAAGAAUCAAGCUAGGAUGAACUCUAGAAACCCACAUAACAUUUGAAUUAUUGUUGAACAAUAUGUUGUAUUGUUUGGAACUAUGUAUUUCACUUUAGAGUUUAUAAAUGAAUUAAAUAAA